GUGUCUUUAGCUUUUGUAUACCAUCAAUCUUUCUUUCCUUCCCAUUAUUUUACCAAUCACUUCUCUUUUAUCUUUUCCCAUCAAAACAAAAAAUGGACACAACCAACAAUCUUGAAAUUGUCCACGAUGUUUUUCCUUAUUUACAAGUGUACAAAAAUGGAACUGUCAAAAGACUUGUAGGUACUGAAUUUGCACCAGCAACCUAUGAUCCUCAAACUGGUGUUUAUUCCAAAGAUGUUUUAGUUAAUCCUAAAACUGGCGUUUCUGCUCGGAUUUAUCGACCAAAUUCAGCAACAAAAUCACAGAAACUUCCUUUAGUUGUUUACUUUCAUGGUGGAGCAUUUUGUAUAUCUUCUGUUGGUGAUCCUAAGUACCAUGAUUCACUCAAUGUGUUUGUGUCCAAAGCUAAUGUUGUUCUUGUCUCGGUUGAUUAUAGAUUAGUCCCAGAGCAUCCUCUUCCAACAGCUUAUGAUGAUUCUUGGGCUGUUCUUAAAUGGGUUGCUGCACAUAACUCAAAACAUGGGUCUGAAGUUUGGUUGAAUGAGCUUGUUAACUUUGAUAGUGUGUUCUUGGCUGGAGAUAGUGCAGGUGCUAAUAUUUCACACUUCAUGGCAAUCAGAGCUGGGAAAUCAGACGAAGGCGCUUUAGGAAUGAAGUUUUCUGGGAUGCUCAUGAUUAGUCCAUAUUUCUGGGGAGAAAAACCUAUUGGUAUAGAGGUUAAAGAUCCAAGAAAAGCAAUGGUGGAUAAAUGGUGGAAAUAUGUUUGUCCAUCAAAUAAAGGAAAUGAUGACCCUUUGAUCAAUCCUUUUGUUGAUGAAGCACCAAAGCUUGAAGAAGUGGCUUGUGAUAGGAUUCUUGUUUGUGUUGCAGAAAUGGAUAUUCUGAGAGACAGAGGGAUAUUGUACUAUGAAUCUUUGGUGAAGAGUCAGUGGAAAGGAAAAGCAGAA